AGGUCAAGCCGAUGAGAUACCAGUUUGUGGUCCCCGGCGUGCAGUCAACGGCGCGUUCUUCGGUCGAAACGCCGAGUUUGCUGCCGCUGCUCUCGUCGGAUUGGCGAACGGACUCGCUCUGCCACACACGGAAUCCUACGGAAAAUCGCCAGGUCAAUUUCCGACGGCCGUUUCUGAGCUGUCCUCAGCGAGUAUUCCCGAAAUGGCGCGAUCAAACGUGAAAAGACGACACUCGGAUCUGCCGCAUUUCGAGUCCGUCGCCAGGAUCUCGAGCUUCCCCAUCGUCGAGAGCGGCAUACACAUCGCUGGGAAUGUGUAUGAAAAAAUAAAGCGCUCGAAUUCGCUAAUGAACUGGAGCCUGGAUACGGCGGAGCAGUCGUUAGCGAUUGCAACGGCAACGGCGAAACCGGCUUUUUUCGCACUCAACGGGCCAAUUACGACGAUCGACCAGCUGCUGUGCAAAGGUAUCGACAUUGUCGAGGAGAGAGUGCCAGCGGUGCAUCUUCCUCCGCAUGUCAUGUAUCUGAACACGCGAGAGUACGUAAAUAAGAAGAUUGUGCGGCCGGUGCUGAUGCGUGCCGGAAGUGUUAAGCAAAUCGGCAGCCAAGCCGCUGCCGCCGCCGCUGAUAGAUUGGACGGCGCACUGACGAUCGCGGACAAGUACGUGGAUCAGUAUUUGCCGGAGGAUCCAGCUGACAAAGUGGACGAGGUCAGCCCCGCUGAACCCACGAGCAAAACAACGCGAACGAUCAAACAUGGCGCGAGAUUCUCACGGAAACUGCAGAAGAGAUUGACACGACGCACUUUGGCCGAGGCUCGCGCGCUCAAGGAGCAAGGAACAGAGUGCAUCCACGUUCUUCUGUACGCGAUAGAGCUGCUAGCUACAAACCCAAAACUGGCGCUGCAGAAGGCCAAAGAGCUGUGGGCCACGUUGAGCUUACCCGAACCUGAAAAUCAAACGCGUCCAGCCACAUUGGAGCAAUUGCUGGUGCUGUUGACGCGCGAAUCGGCACGGCGCGUGGUGCACCUGGUGAACGGCGCGUCGGCACUGGCGGCUAAGACCCCGCGACGUUUAAAUCAUCUGUUCGUCAGGCUCUCUCAUCAAUUACUUGCCGUCGCGGAUGCCACGUUGAAGAUAACACCGCUUAUAAGUAAGAGCAAAGCUGUCACGAACGAACAAAUAUCCGUCAUACGCUCCGCGAUCGAGAGGCUGAAUUCGACCACGAAUCUAUUAUUGGAACGACUCGCUGCGUUCUUGGCUGGCCGUCCGAGCUCUGAGAAGGUACCGCGCGUGCAGAACCACAACAACCACACGUCGGUGUCGUCCUAUCCGCCGGCAAACGGUAUCGAGUAACCGGCGCGAGUUGCACUUGGAAACUGCUACGCGCGGGUUUCUUCCCUUCCGGUAUGGUUUUCGAUUACAAGGUCAAAGACACUUUCAGAAGCAGGGAAGAAGCCGCGUGAAGCCGCCGCCGCCGCCGCCGCCGCUGUCACCACCGCCGCUGGUCGAUUAAUGCAACAUACAAAGUUUACAAUUUCGUACUCGUUGAUACGAUACAUUGAUAAUACAAGGACAGGAUAUAUUUUAUCACCGGCACAGUAUACCCGUGCCGCGCUCAUUCUUCUCAAUGUUGGUCAACUUAUUGCUUCUACGGUAGCUAAGUGUGUAAGUGAGGAAGAAGAAAAUAAAGGGCAGUUUUUUUUCAUUAA